AUGGACCGCCUCCCGAUCGCGCUCCACCUCCCGCAAGAGCUCCUGCCCCUGUCCGGCUCGGGCAGCGGCGCGCGCGGCCAGCAGCCGUCCAAGGUCGUCGGCUCGGGCGCAGGCUACGGGCCGCCCCUCCCCGCCGAGGGCACGCCGCUGUCCCGCCUCGUGUCGUCGGUCCUGUACGCCCCGGCACGCGAGCCCACGCCCGCCGAGGCCGCCCAGGGCUGGUCGCCCGCCCAAGGGCAGCGCCCGACCCGCACCGAGUACGACCUCGUCGCGCUCCCCCUCACCAACGGCAACUGGCAGGAGCGGUGGGACCGCAUGUGCACCAUCACGGCGAGCGCGACCGAGGCCGACUUGGGCGUCGCGGCGGCCCAGGCCGACACGCAGCGCGACGAGGCCGAGAGCUGGCGGGCGGGAGGAGGGUUCCUGCGCAACGAGGUCAACAUCACGAGGAGCGAGGAGUCGGGCAGCCUCAUCUCGUUCGCGAGCGACUGGCUCGAGCUGGACUCGCCCGUCGAGGGCAUCCGCUUCGACUCGGAGCUCGCCCUGCGCCAGGAAAUCAGCUACGCGUCCUACCUGUCGAUCACGAGCAUCGUCCUGCCGCCACCCAAGCUCGAGAACCGCGACUGCCUCGCCGACUACGCGCGUGCCAUCAACGGCGCCCUCGCCUCGAGCUGGCACAUCAACAUCUCGAUCCGCCUUCCUGUCGCCGAGUACUCGGAGGUCGAGCUCGCCGCACGACCCGGCACGCCCGCCUUCCAGGCGCUUACGGGCGACUCGGACCGCAACGAGACGUGGGAGAUGUGGAACACGUUGCGCGGCAUGUGCUCGUACUCGCCUCGUCUCACCCUGACUCUCGACCUCACCAACCCGUUGCCGUCGCCCAAGAGCCUCACGCGGUGGGCCGCCGAGCCUGUCCGCCACAUGUUCCUCCCGUGCACGAGUUUCAUCCCGAACGCCAAGGGCUACCCGGUCCUGUCGAAGAGCAUGCAGGCCUUCCUCAAGGGCGCGUUCAAGUUCCGCCCGACCGUCAUCCUGUCCGGCACGCACCGCUCGCUCCACUCGGCCGGCGGCCACCUCGCGUACGCUCAAUACGUCCGCUUCCUGUACCGCAAGGCGCAGGAGCUCUUGCCCGUCGAGGAGUACGCGCAAGGGUACAUGGACCACCUCCAGCAGCCGCUGCAGCCCCUCAUGGACAACCUCGAGGGCGAGACGUACGAGGGCUUCGAGAAGGACCCGAUCAAGUACCGCCAGUACGAGGAGGCCGUCUACCGCGCGCUCCUCGACAGGCCACAAGACCGCGUCACGACCAUCUUUGUCGUCGGUGCAGGGCGAGGACCGCUCGUCGCCGGGUGCCUGCGCGCCGCCGAGCGGUCACAGCGCCGCAUCUCGCUCACGGCCGUCGAGAAGAACCCGGCUGCUUUCGUCAUCCUGCAAGAGCGCUCGGCUCUCGAGUGGGGCAGCCAGGUCAAGCUCGUCUACUCGGACAUGCGCAGCUUCAACCCCAAGGAAAAGGCGGACAUCAUCGUGUCGGAGCUCCUCGGCAGCUUUGGCGACAACGAGCUCAGCCCCGAGUGCCUCGACGGCGUCAUGCGCACGCUCAAGCCCGACGGCAUCUCGAUCCCGGCGUCGUACACGUCGUUCCUGGCGCCCAUCGCCACGUCGCGCCUGCACACCGAGGUCACCAACCCGCAGGUCGCGUCGACGUCGACCGUCGUCGACUCGAAGCCGGCCGAGCAGCCGUACGUCGUCAUGUUCUCGGCGUUCGACACGCUCUCGGCGGCCGGCGGCCGCAACGGCGUCGACAAGGUGCAAGAGUGCUGGACGUUCGACCACCCUCGACCUGACGUCGUUGUCGACGAGCAAGGUCUUCCGCUCACGAACCACCACAACGCGCGCUCGGCGCACCUGUCGUUCCACAUUCCGCGCGCCGGCGUGUGCCACGGCUUUGCGGGCUACUUCGAGGCCGUCCUGUACGGCGACGUCAUGCUCUCGAUCCACCCAGAGCGCGCCGCCGGCGACAUGCUCUCGUGGUUCCCCAUCUUUUUCCCUCUCGCCGAGCCGCUCUACCUCCCGGCGCACACGGAGCUCGACGUCGAGAUCUGGCGCCUCACCGACAACACGAAGCGCCGCGUGUGGUUCGAGUGGGCGGCGCAGGCGUACCUUCCUCUCGCCGCUCUCGGUGGCGGGCUCGGCGGUGCCGGCGGCCGAGGCCCGGGCGGCAGGAGCAGCAUGACGAGCCCGCCGACGAGUGCGACGAGCGGGUCGUUCUCGCUCCGAGGCGGCGGCGCCCUGAGCCCGACGCUCGGCGGGAGCGAGGCCGCGUUCGCGAGCGCGCCGAGCCCGCACCUCGGGGCGAGCUUUGGCGAUGGGCGCAUGCCGGGUAUUGCCGAGGAGAACGCGGUGCUCGAGGGGAGCGUCCUUGGCGGUGCGGCGGGCGCGCGCAUCAAGAUCUCGCAGACGAGGCUGCACAACCCGGGCGGCAAGACGAGCUGGAUCGGGCUGUGACGGAGUCGGUAGCAUGGGUCCUGUAUCUGCAUCAUCACUCGCAUUGGCCUCUC